GCAGGAGCCGAGCGGGGCGCGACGGCAGUGCCGGGUGCAGGGGCUGGAGCGGGCUCCCGGCGGCAGGGAGCGAGGGACGGCGCGGAGCCGUUGCGGACGGUACAGCAUGUGUCCAGAGCUCACUAACGGAUGUUAAAUGUAUGGAGAUAUACCUAUCUCAUAGAACUGGAAGGAACCUUGAAAAGUCAUCAAGUCCAGUCGCCUGCCUUCACUGGCAGGACAAAGUACUGAUUUUGCCCUAGAUCCCUAAAUGGCCCCCUCAAGGACUGAGCUCACAACUCUGGGUUUAGCAGGCCAAUGCUCAAACCACUGAGCUAUCCCUCCCUCAUGUUCUAUGGCAAGUACAUCAGAAGAAGGUGUAACAGGCUGUAAAAUUCAGCUUGAAUUCUUGGUCUCAGAAGUGCCAGGAAACUCAGAAAAGGAAUUAAUUGGAAGAAUAUUGAUCUAGACUUGAAGUGGAACGCAUCAGCAACAUAAUACCAGAUCCUGGUGCUUUUUGAAUCUUUGGAGGAUUGUAUUCUUUAGGAAUUCCUAUUGACAUUUUAACUAUCCCAUUUAAUACAUUUUUAAUCUGUUUGUACAUAAAGAUUAAUCUGGACAACUUGAGUUUUGUUAUUGUUUAAUUACAUUAUUGAAUGUUAAAAUAUUUGCCAAGAUGAGUGCAGAAGGAUACCAGUACAGAGCUUUAUAUGACUACAAAAAAGAGCGAGAAGAAGACAUUGACUUGCACUUAGGGGAUAUAUUAACUGUGAAUAAAGGUACCUUAGUAGCACUUGGAUUUAGUGAAGGGGAAGAAGCGAAGCCUGAGGAAAUUGGUUGGUUGAACGGCUGUAAUGAAACCACAGGGGAGAGGGGAGAUUUUCCAGGAACUUACGUAGAAUAUAUUGGAAGAAAAAAAAUAUCUCCCCCGACUCCGAAGCCUCGUCCUCCUCGACCCCUUCCUGUAGCACCAAGUUCUGCAAAAGCUGAAGCAGACAGUGAGCAGCAAGCUUUUGCACUUCCAGAUCUUGCAGAGCAAUUUUUGCCUCCUGACGUCGCUCCACCAAUUCUUAUCAAGAUAGUGGAGGCUAUUGAAAAGAAAGGUCUGGAAUGUUCAACUUUGUACAGAACACAAGGGUCAAGUAGUAUUGCAGAAGUAAGACAAAUUCUUGAGUGUGAUGCCUCAUCAAUGGAUUUUGAGCCAAUUGAUGUGCAGAUCUUAUCAGAUGCUCUCAAGAGGUAUCUUCUGGACCUGCCAAAUUCUGUCAUUCCAGCAUCUGUUUACAGUGAAUUGAUUUCAGGAGCUCAAGAAGUGCAGAGCUCGGACGAAUAUGCUCAGUUGCUGAAGAAACUCAUCAGGUCUCCAAAUAUACCUCACCAGUAUUGGCUCACUCUCCAAUAUUUGCUCAGACAUUUCUUCAGACUUUGUCAAACCUCCAGCAAAAAUCUCUUGAAUGCAAGAUCCUUAGCUGAAAUUUUCAGCCCUCUGCUUUUCAAAUUCCAGUUAGGAAGUUCUGAUAAUGCUGAACACCUCGUAAAAAUCCUAGAAGUUUUAAUCACAAGUGAAUGGAAUGAGAGACAGCCUGUACCAGCACUGCCUCCUAAACCACCAAAACCUAAUACUGUAAUUAACAACGGUAUGAAUAACAACAUGUCUUUACAAGAUGCUGAAUGGUAUUGGGGAGAUAUCUCAAGGGAAGAAGUAAAUGAGAAGCUUCGUGACACUGCUGAUGGUACCUUUUUGGUACGAGAUGCUUCUACCAAAAUGCAUGGAGACUACACACUUACACUAAGGAAAGGGGGAAAUAACAAAUUAAUCAAAAUAUUUCACCGAGAUGGGAAAUAUGGCUUUUCCGAUCCAUUAACUUUCAACUCUGUGGUUGAGCUAAUAAACCACUACCGAAAUGAGUCUCUAGCCCAGUAUAAUCCUAAACUGGAUGUAAAAUUACUUUAUCCAGUAUCCAAGUACCAGCAGGAUCAAGUUGUGAAAGAGGACAGUAUUGAAGCAGUGGGAAAGAAAUUACAUGAAUAUAACACUCAAUUCCAAGAAAAGAGUCGAGAAUAUGACAGACUCUAUGAAGAUUACACCAGAACAUCUCAGGAAAUUCAAAUGAAAAGAACAGCUAUUGAAGCGUUUAAUGAAACAAUAAAAAUAUUUGAAGAGCAGUGCCAGACACAAGAAAGAUACAGCAAAGAGUAUAUUGAAAAGUUUAAACGGGAAGGAAAUGAAAAAGAAAUACAAAGAAUAAUGCACAACUAUGAGAAGCUGAAGUCUCGAAUAAGUGAAAUUGUGGACAGCAGACGUAGACUAGAAGAGGAUUUAAAGAAGCAAGCAGCUGAAUAUAGAGAGAUUGACAAACGUAUGAACAGUAUUAAACCAGACCUUAUACAGCUGAGAAAGACAAGAGACCAGUACUUGAUGUGGUUGACUCAAAAAGGUGUUCGGCAAAAGAAGUUAAAUGAAUGGCUGGGCAAUGAAAAUACAGAAGACCAAUACUCUAUGGUGGAAGAUGAUGAGGAUUUGCCCCAUCAUGACGAGCGAACAUGGAAUGUGGGAAAUAUCAACAGAAGCCAAGCUGAAAAUCUGCUGCGGGGAAAACGGGAUGGAACGUUCCUUGUUCGGGAGAGCAGCAAACAGGGCUGCUAUGCCUGCUCUGUUGUGGUGGAUGGAGAAGUAAAGCACUGUGUCAUAAACAAAACUCCUACUGGAUAUGGAUUUGCAGAGCCAUAUAACUUGUACAGCUCUCUUAAAGAACUGGUGCUACAUUACCAACACACAUCACUCGUGCAGCACAAUGACUCUCUCAAUGUCACACUAGCCUACCCAGUAUAUGCACAGCAGAGGCGAUGAAGACCUUAAUACUCUGUUUUAAAACAAAAAAAUCAACAACACUGGCCUCUGGAGAGAGAAGGUUCCUUUCAGCCUGAUUUGUGAAUUUCAGCUGCAGUAUCAAAGCUGUCUGUCUUCAGAUGGGACUAGAGCUUUCUUGACAACUGCAGUGGGAGAGAUCACAGUAUUAAGCUGUGAAUGUAUGUUUCUAAUCUAAAGUGCUUUUUUAUUGAGAAAAAAAAACACAACAAGAGAGGGAAAUGCUAUACCUAUCUCCCUGCAGGAACAUAGAGGCCUUGAACCAUGGUGCUUGUUUACGAUCUCUUUGAAGCUUUACCAGCUAGAAUGUGGGAUUCUGCAAACCCAAGGGGCAACAGGUCUGUGUAAUUCUGUUAAUGGAAUUUCUCAGUCGUGGUGAGGUUCAGAUUUGGUGUUGCUGUACUCAGUGGAUCCAGGCACGGAGCAUUGUGGAUUUCGUUUCCUGAUGAAUGAUAUGUAGCAGAAUGGCACUUUCACUUAUAAGAGACACUUUAAAAAGACUUCGGUUACAGUAUGUUGUUCAGAGGAAAUGAUGUAGUAGCAAAGUGCCAAGAAGUGUUUUGUUUAGACGUUUAAAAUCCCGUGUUAAGAACAUAUUUAAGACUGAAGAGAAUGGGACUUUCAAUGGCAUAUGGUAUAUAAAAAUGUACAUAGUGGAUGACUAACGAUCAUCAAUGGAAACUAUCAAUACCAAACUGCUUCUAUUUUCUCUUUUCUGUUUGCUGAAAGCUGAAUCCUUAGACAGUGCUAUGCAAUACUGAAUUUUCUUUUGCUUGUAUUUCUUUUUCAAGUAUACCUACAGGAUAAGCUUUUUUUCUGUUUUUUGUUGCCUGAAAAUGUUUUUUUCUGAGUAUUAUUUUUUUGUUGUUAAUCAUUUUGUUUGGGGUUUUUUGUUUUGUUUUGUUCUUUU